GCCUCAGGGCGCCUUGGGGGGGAGGAGGGCCGCUGAUCCAAAUGCUUGAUUGCUCUUUAGCCGAGCCUGUCGCAAGGCUUUCGCGCUGGGAGUUCUCUGGUCGACCAUCGCAUGUCGCAACGAGAGUAACCCGACGCGAGUUACCCGGCGGGCGCACGCAGGAACCGAAGUUCGAUUUGCCAAGUCCCAAAGGCCGACAAGGUCUGGCCGCCCAUUGAACACCAGAUCGAUCACCGCCGGGCACCCCCGAGGUACUCUGCUAUACAUACAUAUACACAAUGGUCGGGUUUAGGCAAAUACGUGUCCUCCCGGCAGCGCUUGUCGCGCUGAUUCUGGUCUCCUCGUCGAGCGCCGCCGAUGGUGUGGUCGAUUUCAGCUUCUACCCGGCGGCGGCGCGAGAUUGUCUCUACGACGCUGCCGACAGCUCCAAGUGUGAGUCGAAAACGGUGGCUGCGACGAACGCGUGUUUCUGCCGAAACGGCGGGGACUUCAUCACAACAGCCGCCGCCUGCAUUGGCCAGUCGUCCCGGAGCAACCUCAGAACGGUGUACCGGACGAUGCGGGAUGCAUGCGACACCUCGGAGACGCCCAUCAACGUUACCGAGGGCGAGUUCAUGGAGGCCGCCGAAGAUUCCACCUCGACAACCUCCAGCACGACCAGCGCAACGGCCACAGAUGGGACGUCCACCUCGGCCACCACCACCGGCACGGCCACGCCGACACCAUCCUCAACACCCCCGCCGGACGACGACGAGCAAGAAAGCGGGGCGUUGUCCACCGGAGCCAUGGUGGGGAUUAUAGUUGGCGUCAUCGGGGGACUGGCGAUGCUCGGCGGACUGGGAUACUACCUUUUUAGGCGGGGGAAGAAAGUGGGCGAAGAAUCACACCCGAUGUUGCCGCAGCAAGGGCACGCCUCGAUGGCGCCGUCGGGACAUGAAUCGACCGCAUACUACGGCAGCCCUCCAGAUACGGGGGCGUGGCCGAAAAAGGACUGGGGCGGUUCUCCUGACCCCAGAAUUAGUGGGCACACCAGCGGUUUCAACUGGGAGUCGCCGGCACAUCUGUCAUAUCCCAGUGCGGCGCUGGCGCCGUCACCCCCAAUGCCGAUUCAAGAAUUGGAUGGAGCUCAGCAUUUCCGUCCGGGGUCGACGGAGGCGCCGGCCGAAAUGGGGGGUACACCCGUCGUGACGACGCCACCGCUAGCGAAUAGCCAGUACCAGCCCUACAAUUCCGGGCAACAGUACCCGGGGCAUAGGUGGAGCCAACCACAACCAUAACUAGCGGCGGCGGCGGCGGCUGGCGCGGCGGCCAGGGUGCAAACAGGAACCGGCGGUGAGGAGGAUGCGAAACUCGGGACUUCCGAGACGAA